CCUUAGCAACCAGCGCGGCUCCCACCAUGGCUGAAGAAGAGGAAAUUACUGCCCAGACGGAGAAAGUUAUCCGGAUCCAGAGGGUGUUUAUAAACCUGCUGGACUCAUACAGCAGCAGAAACAUCGGGAAGUUUCUAUCUAACUGUGUAGUCGGGGCUUCACUUGAAGAGAUUACAGAAGAAGAGGAAGAGGAAGAUGACAGUAAAUCAGCUAUGGCAGACGCCUCCUCAUCCAAAAUGAAGGAAGGCACGUUCCAGAUUGUGGGCACACUUUCCACACUCGAAAAACCUGGGCCUGACUUUGCCAUGGAGACAUACUGUACCAUCCCUCGAGAAGACCUUCUCAUGCGCCUGCUGGAGUGUGAUGUUAUCAUUUAUAACAUCUCUGAGAAUCCACAGCAAGUGGAGGAAGCCAUCUGGGCAGUCUCUGCACUGAAUGAAGAAGUCAGCCAUUUUGAAAAGCGGAAGGUGUUUAUUUUAGUUUCCACGGUGAUGACCUGGGCAAGAUCCAAACCCCUGGACCCCGAUGAUUCUGACACUCCAUUUACUGAAGAGGAUUAUCGAAGAAGAAAGAACCAUCCUAAUUUUCUGGACCACAUAAAUGCCGAAAAAAUGGUCCUCAAAUUUGGAAAACAUAGCAAAAAAUUCAUGACUUACGUAGUUGCUGCUGGACUUCAGUAUGGAGUAGACGGAGGCAUCUUACAUUUUUUUUUUAAGAUGGCUUGGUUGGGUGAGGUCCCUGCAUUACCAGUUUUUGGAGAUGGAACAAAUGUAAUUCCAGCAAUUCAUGUUCUUGAUCUAGCAGGCGUGAUACAAAACAUAAUAGACCACGUGCCGAAGCUCCGUUACCUGGUUGCCGUGGACGAGUCUGUACAUACGCUGGAAGACUUUGUCAAGUGCAUCAGCAAACAUACUGGCCCUGGAAAAAUCCAGAAAGUACCCAAAGAAAACGCUUUCCUAACCAAGGACUUAACACAAGAGAAUAUUGACCAUUUACUGGUCAACUUGAGAAUGGAAGCCCUGUUUGUGAAGGAGAAUUUUAACAUUCGAUGGGUUGCCCAAGCAGGAUUUGUGGAAAACAUCAACGGUAUCCUCAAAGAGUACAAGCAAAGCCGAGGAUUAUUGCCCAUCAAGAUUUGCAUUCUUGGUCCUCCUGCUGUGGGGAAAUCCAGUAUUGCAGAAGCAUUGUCCAAGCACUACAAACUACAUCACGUUAAACAGAAGGACGUCAUUUCCGAAGCCAUUGCAAAACUGGAGGCGAUCGUGGCACCUAAAGAGGUAGGGGAAGGAGAAGAAGGUGAAGAGGAGGAAGAGGAGAAUGUGGAUGAAGCACAGGACCUCUUAGAUGGCAUCAAGGAAAGCAUGGAGCAGAACGCAGGCCAGCUGGACGAUCAAUAUAUAAUUAGAUUUGUAAGAGAAAAGCUAAAAUCGAUGCCUUGCAGGAAUCAAGGCUACGUUUUGGAUGGAUUUCCAAAGACUUAUGAUCAAGCCAAAGACCUGUUCAGCCAAGAAGAUGAGGAGGAGGAGGAUGAAGUCAGAGGCAAAAUGUUUCCCUUUGAUAAAUUAACCAUACCUGAAUUUGUCUGUGCGCUGGAUGCCUCAGAUGAGUUCCUGAAGGAGCGGGUGAUAAAUCUUCCUGAGAGCUUGGUCGCGGGAACCCACUACAGCCAGGACCAGUUCCUCGGGGCUCUGAGCGACUACCGGGACAUCAAUACCGAAGAUGAAACUGUCUUCAACUAUUUUGAUGAACUUGAAAUCCACCCGAUAAAUAUAGAUGUAGGAAAACUUGAAGACGCUCAGAACAGACUUGCUGUCAAACGGCUCAUCAAAGAGAUUGGGAAGCCUCGAAAUUAUGGUUUAACGGAUGAAGAAAAGGCAGAAGAGGAGCGGAGGGCUGCUGAAGAACUCAUAGCCAAGGAGGCUAUGGAGAAAGCAGAACGAGAACGCCAGGAAGCCAUGGAGAUGGCAGAGAAGAUGGCCCGCUGGGAGGAGUGGAAUAAGCGACUAGAGGAAGUGAAAAGAGAAGAAGCAGAAUUACUAGAGGCCCAGUCUGUUCCCCUGAGAAACUAUUUAAUGACUUAUGUUAUGCCAACACUUAUGCAGGGUCUGAAUGAGUGUUGUAAGGUCAGACCAGAUGACCCUGUUGAUUUUCUGGCAGAGUAUCUCUUCAAGAACAAUCCAGAAACACAGUGAAACUUUAAAGACUUUGUACCUUUACAGAGCUACAGAUGAGUUUAAUAUUGUAAUUUGAAAAAUUGCUUUAAAAAAUGCUUUUCUGGUUUUUGGAAAAUUCUUUUCUUUUUCCCCACAAGCAAAUAUUUUAUUGAACAGAAUCAUUAUAAGAAGCUAUAUGGCAAUGAGUGACUACUUCAUUAAAACUCUAUUUGAAAGGUAAAUUGAUAAAGGUAGCUGUGUGUAGCUCAUGGGACAAACAUUGAUUUAAUAGUUCAUUCUUAAUCUAAGCAUUCUGCACACUAAUGUUCCCAGUAAUUUUUAGCAUGAAGGAAAUCAGACUAUAUAUAUAUUAUUUGAACAUGUAGGCUAAUGAAUUUACACAAUUUGUUAUGGCCCAAAUGCCAGUCGUGUUAGAGAUGGACAUACGUUAGAAUGGUUUAUACUUUGUUGAGUCACAAUAAGUCAGACACGACUGAUAUGCACAGGUUGCUUUUUUGAGUUCAAGGUCAGCAUUCCAACCAAUGAGUCAGAGAGAAUUGGAAACUUCUUGAGAGAAAAAGUUAUGCCACAGAAUGAAUAAUUCUAAUAUCGGUGAUAAUUAGAAAGUUGCCAAAUAUUUUCAACAAACUAACUUUACAAUAUAGGCAUAAGCAAUCAAUCCCUAUGGUCUUUUCCAGCUCUAAAAUCCCCAGAAUUCCCAGAAUGACACUGAAUGAGAAAUUAGUUUUGGUUUAUCUUAAUGCAUAUAUUUUAUCCCUUUAAAUAAUGUAAUCUCAAUAUAACUGCGCUAUUUUUUAAUUGUAAAAUACACACAACGUAAAAUUUACCAUUGUAACCAUUUUAAAGUGUACAAUUCACUGACACUAAGUACCUUCACACUCUUGUUUGCUCAUCACCAGGAUCGAGCUCGAGAACUUUUUUAUCACCCCAGAUGGAAACCCUGUACCCAUUAAGUAGCACUCCCCAUUAUCUAGCCCCCACCCCCAGCUCCUAGCAACCGUUAAUCUGCUUUCUACCUCUACGGAUUUGCCUAUUCUGGACAUUUUGUAUAAACAUCAUCAUAUAAUAUGUGGCCUUUUGUGUCUGGCUUCUUCCAUUCAGCAUGUUUUCGAAGUUCAUCCAGGUUGUAGCAUGUAUUGGUACUUCCUUCCUUUUUAGGCUGAAUGAUAGUCCAUUGUGUGGGUAGACCAUGUUUUGUUUAAUCAUUCAUUUGUUGAUCGACAUUUGGGUGGUUUCCACCUUAGAGAUUGUGAAUAGAGCUAUGAACAUUCAUGUACAAGUUCUUGUUAGAACACCUGUUGUCAAUUUUUUCGGGUAGCUGCCUGGGAAUGGAAUUGCUGUCAUAUGGUAAUUCUGUGUUUAACUUAUGGAGGAACCGCCAGAUUCUUUUCCAAAGUGGUUGCACCAUUUUACAUUCCCACCAGCAAUAUGUAAGGAUUCUAAUUUCUCUGCAUCCUUACAAACAGUUGUGUGUGUGUGUGUGUGUGUGUGUGUGUGUGCGCGCGCACAUGCGUAUUUAAUGGUGAUGGAGUCUGUAUCACAUUGUGACUGAGCAUCUUUUCAUGUGCUUGCUGGCCUCUUGUGCAUCUUCUUUGGAGAAAUGUACAUUCAAGUUCUUUGCUCACUUUUUAUUUGGGUCACUGGUCUUUUUGUUACUGAGUUGUAAGAGUUCUUUUAUAUUCUGGAUAUAGGCCCUUAUGAGAUAUAUGAUUUGCAAGUAUUUUUCUCCCAUUCUGU